UUAGUUUCCGAAUCCGGCUCUAACCUUUGGCUUGCUGCUCAUGACGCUUGGAGCCAUGGCUCCGUUGCUGCUCCUUCUGCAGCUCCUGCUGCUGGGGCUGGAGGUGCUUCUGCGCAAAUUGACGCCCCGCUGGAAGCAAGAAGCUAUGCACUUGCGAGAGCAGAGGGAGGCAAUGUCAGCUGCAGCUCUCGCCAUGGAAAUGGGUUGUGCCUCUGCGACAGUGAAACUCUUUGCUUGGGAGUCGGCCGUUUGGGCGCGGCUUCAGCAGCUGCGGAAGCGGGAGAAAGCGGCCCUGCAGCGCCUUCAACGCUUGGAAGUCUUAGCGUCCGUGGCCCGCGAGUUGGGGGUCUUUGUGCCCGUGGCAGUUGCCUUGCUCUUGCAGUGGCUCGUGUUUGGCAUGUCCCUCUGGGCUUGCUUUCAAGCUCUAGCUGCUUGCAGGAUGACCGCGCAGCAAUUGCGGCGAGCGCAGCAAGUCUUGCUUACCAAGAUACCACAGGUGAACGCGUGUCUGGAGCAAGAGCUUGAGCGGACUGCACCAAAGCAGGGAGACCGAAGUACUUACAAAUCUGCACGCUAUGCAGUGGCCAUCGACAGCAUGCGCUUCUUCUGGGAAGAGCCUCAAGAGGUACAGGCCUUGCCGCCAAAGCCCAACGGCAAUACUGCCCUGCAAACCGUGAUGCAGAAAGCCGAGAAGGGCGUGUCCUCUGGCCUGGACCUGGUCGACUCCGUCUCGGACGAUGCCUCCGUGGCGGAGCGCGCGCGGCGGAGCACGAAUACCUCAAAUCGAUUCGAUUUGAAGGUGCUCUCGCUGCAGGUGAAGCGAGGUUCCCAUGUAGCACUUGUUGGAGCUACUGGUAGUGGCAAGUCCACCCUUUUAGCUGGCUUGGUUGGAGGCUGCCAAUGUGAGCACUGGGGUGACGACCGGGAGGGUGGCGUGUCACUCUCCGGAAGAUUGGCCUACGCUCCACAGCGGCCCUGUGUGAAGCUGGCCGACUGCAGCAUCCGGGAGAACGUCCUGUGUGGCCGCUCCUUCGAUGCCCAGAGGUACGAGCAAGCCUUGACAACGUCCACCCUAGCAGAGGAUUUGCAGCGUCUCUCCAACGGCGACAGUGCUCUCGUGGAGGAACUCGCAGGCCCGGGUCUGGCAGCCAUGCAGGUGGCAAGAGCCUUAUUUGCUGAGGCGCAGAUACUCCUUUUGGAUGAUCCCUUUGUCGAGAUGGACCAUGACCGAGGGAAACGUGCUGUUUCCAGUCUAGUGAAGAAGUACAAGGAUCGCACCAUGAUCUUGGCCACUCAGAACUUGUCCUUGCUCUCCCCGCUCGACAGCAUCAUUGUUCUGCGCAACGGCACUGUCUUUGAACAGGGGGACUACAAAACGCUCUCAUCCAUGCCAACAGAGCUCAGCCGCUUGCUUUUGAUCUCCAACCAGAAGGAGAGUCGACGGAGGGAAGGCCAUGGUCUCCCAUGCCCGUGUAUUUGCUACGAGGUGGGGCCGGAUCCAAUGCGAGAGCUCUAUCCCAUGGAUGAGCUCUUUGGGACGUUCCCCAGCUUUGGACAUCCGUCAAAGGCACCCAAACGAUGGGUAUCGGCUCUCCAAGCCGUUGCGGUGCACAGGCCUUCAUCUCGCACGGUCAAGGUCAAGACCCCAUCCUCGGCUCCAUCCUUUCCAGGCAGAAGCUGCACCUCCGUGCCUGGCUUGUUAAGUCAAGAUGGGGCAAAGAUCGAGAAGCUAACAUUCGUUGAAGACCUAUGAAGAACGUGAUACCAAGGAGUUGGGAGAGAUUGAACAGGCUGACAACCCUUUUCACGACCCAACCAGAGCCUUUUUCCCGACCUGUCAGGCGAGGCUCCCUGGAUUUGAUGUCAGCGACUUAGUCCGCCCGCCGCCCACCUCCGCCCCGAAAAGCAGUGAAAAUAGGGUCUGGAUGCGAGUGAUGUAAUGGACACUGAGCAGCGCAUCAUUAGC